AUGAAGAUCACAUUUGGAAGCGUCCUUCUCCUAGCAUCAUGCAUCUUGGCUACUCCAGUUCCACAUAACGACCCUUACAAAGCCGCUGGCCAACAAUCCGUCAACGUCAACCUCUUCACAGUCGCGUACCAAGCCAUCAACGAAAUCUCUUGCGCUGAAACCUGUAUCUUUGAAAAAUACCCCAAGUCGAACCCGUGUAAGACCGAAGCGUGCCGAAACUCCUGCUCAUCCUUCAGCAAUGCCUACUGGUCUGAACUCAACUCUUGCAUCAAAUCUUCCUGUAACGUCAACUGUGGUGCUGCAUCGGAAUAUGUUAAGGGCAUGAAGCGUGCCGUGGACUCCUAUUGUUCGUUCCUCGGGGUAUUAUCCAGAAUAUUCGGGCCGGACACUAGGAAACAGACGGUAUUCCCUAUCAUGAAGCCAAAGCCGUCAAAAAACAAAGGUUAUAACUAG